GUCUGCCGCACAACCACUUUGGGAGUUUAAAUGGACCCGUAACUUCUCGUGUUUCCACAAAGUACAGCCUGCUUUUAGCUUCGAGACUCCCAACUUUCUCAACGGAGCAAAUGUGAUCUGAAAACAGGAAGUACCGCUGCGUCUCUCACUCGGGGUCCCCCUUCCUCGCGCCAGGACUACAAUCGUACAGGACAGUCGAAAACCAGAGCGUAACUUUACCAUGCUUUGCUACUACUUUCUCCUCCUACUCGCUCCACAUGGGUUACUCUGCUCGACACACAUUGCAGUCAUCUCCCCUCAGGAUCCUGUGCUGUUGAUGGGCUCCUCUCUCACAGCCACUUGCACCCUAAGUCCGGCGGUGAACCUCCAUGCUGGCUCUCUGUACUGGACACUGAACGGAGCGCGUGUGCCUAGCAGCGCCUACAGUGUGCUCACCCCCGACUCUCUCAGCGUCACCCUCCAAAACCUGAACGGCUCCAGGCAGCAGUCUGGAGACAACCUGAUGUGUCAUGGAGCAGACGGGCACAUCCUGGCCGGGUCCUGUCUCUACGUGGGCAUGCCCCCAGAAAAGCCAGUGAAUUUGACAUGUUGGUCCAGAAACGCUAAAGACCUGAGCUGCAAGUGGAGCCCUGGGGGGAGGGGUGAGACCCACAUCCGAACCAAGUACACCCUCAAGUACAAACUGAGGUGGUAUGAGAGAGAAGAAGAGUGUGGUAAUUACAGAACAGGAAAACAGCGAUAUUCCUGCUACAUUCCUCGUAACCCUGCCCUCUUCACUCCAUAUGAGAUUUGGGUAGAAGCAGCCAAUCUGCUUGGUUCCUCCAUUUCUGAUAUCACCACUUUGGACAUCUUGGACGUAGUGACCACAGACCCUCCAGCCAAUGUCCAGGUAAGUCGAGUGGGAGACCUGGACGACCAACUCACAGUCCGAUGGGCCAGCCCCCCUGACCUGAAGGACAUCCUAUUUCAGGCCAAAUAUCAGAUCCGCUACAGGCUGGAGGACAGCUCUGAGUGGAAGAUUGUGGAUGAUAUUGGUAACCAGACGUCAUGUCGCCUGGCAGGGCUCUACCCUGGGACAGUGUAUUUCGUGCAGGUUCGGUGCCGACCUGUGGGCAUCUAUGGGUCCAGAAAACCAGGCAUUUGGAGUGACUGGAGCCACCCAACAGCAGCCUCUACUCCCAACAAUGAGCGGCUGUAUACGGCCUCCUGUGAUCCUAAACCAGGUGACCAGAACGCCACUCUGCGCAAAGAACUGAAGCAGUUUUUCGGCUGGGUCCGUAAACACGCCUACGGCUGCAGCGGCAUGUCCAUCAAACUGUAUGACCAGUGGAGAGUGUGGGUCCAGAAGUCUCAUAAAACAGGCAACCAGGUAGAUUCUACACGACGAUAAUUCAUAGCACAGCUGUGUUUAACUCAAGACCAGCAUCGAGCAACACUGACAGCUAACAGGCCCCCAGAGUCCCAGCUGCGUGAGAGGUCCAACGCCGGCUCAGGCAUACCGCAGUCUUUGGCCUAAGCGCCUUAACUUCACUUUAAAGGACCCAAGUGGAGGAUAACGGAGGAGACAAUGCAGCAUUUUUCUGAUGGUUACUUCAAACACUUUCACAGCUCCUCUGUGACUGCACAACUUUAAGGACCACUACAGUAUGAGCAACACACAUUCUGUGAUGUACUAAAAAAAUAUGUAUGUU